UAUUAGUAUUCACUUAUCGACUUAUUAAGAAAAACAAAGCAAAGAUGGUUCCUAUUCGGAUAUUCAGCUAUGUUAGAAAUCAGCCGACUUAGCUUUUGGUUCAGACUGUACUAGACAAAGAGAGAGCGCUGUUCGAGACCUACAAGCAUGCUCUCUCUCAGCCCGCAACACUCAAGAGGUAGCGCGCGUUCCAGGUAGUAUAUAUUUCAGUGGCUACAGUAGCAGUACUUUAAAAACGCACUCCAUGUAGAGGACGGGAAUUUAGACGCUGCACUGUCUAUCAUCCAGCAAUGGUGCUCGAUCGCGAUCUAACGUAACCUGACUUUUCUUAAUGUCAAUUGAUGCCAAUGCAAGUAUGGCGGACUUUGGCGACACGAAUACGCACGAAAUGACAGAGAAUCAUGUUCACAAGCGGUGCAAUAAUCAGUGGGUGCGACUGAACGUGGGCGGAACAUAUUUUUUAACGGCGAAGACCACCCUGACGAGAGACCCAAAUUCGUUCCUCUACCGGCUGUGCCAAGAGGACUCAGACCUUAUUUCGGACAGGGACGAGACGGGAGCGUACCUGAUAGACCGCGAUCCCACGUACUUCAGUCCGGUUUUGAAUUAUUUACGCCACGGCAAGCUGGUCAUCAAUAAAGACCUUACCGAGGAGGGUGUGCUGGAGGAAGCAGAGUUUUAUAAUAUUACCGAGCUCAUUCGGCUAGUCAAAGAAAGAAUUAUAGUAAGGGAUACUCGGCCACAGAGAGACUCCAAGAAACACGUCUAUAGAGUCCUUCAGUGCCACGAGGACGAGAUAACGCAAAUGGUGUCUACUAUGUCGGACGGAUGGAAAUUUGAACAGUUAAUCAACAUAGGUUCUCAAUAUAACUAUGGUAAUGACGAUCACGCCGAAUUUCUGUGUGUCGUAAGCCGAGAAUAUGGGGCUAAUCAGCUCAGCAGUAAGGAACAAGAAUCCACGGAUCGUGUCAAGGUUUUGCAGCAGAAGGGUUCACGCAUGUAAUGUCUAGAUCCGUCCUUGUUUUCCCUUGCCUCCCUUAGUUUGAUCAACUGCGCUGCGACAAGAUGAAGACUGUUUUCGUUUUUACAUUUAAAACAUUCAACUGUAAAACACUCGUAUAUUUCUCCAUUAUAUUCUCUCUAUUUCUACCGUAAUAUUUACGUAUAGGGACAUUAUUGUGCAAAGGAUAUAAACAAGUUUUAUAGAUAUGUAUUUAUUACAUAGCAAGAUUGUAUAUGAAGCUUUAAAACCGAAAGUAUCACGUUAUUAUUAAUUUAUUCCUCUUCAUUAAAACAGUGCCCAAAAGAACAAAAAAAAAAAAAGAGAACGUUGAUCUCAACAGGAAAAGGGAUAGUUUAAUAAUUUCGUACAGUUUAUACACAGAUAUAAUCGCUAUAAUACAACAGGCAUAAAGCAGAAACCUUCCUUUUUCUAUUAAGCACAUCUAUCUGCUUUAAAAGCAGAUAAAAUGCUAUAGUCAGUGAGAGAGAGAGAGAGAGAAUGAGAGAGAGCGCAUAGUUAUAUAUACUAAUAAAUAACGUUGUUCCGUAAUGGCUGCAGUUAUGUUUUAGCUUUAUCGAAUAUUUUAACGGACAAUGGCAUUUGUGGAGGCAAUCGGUUUCAUAGAAAUUUCUACAACAAAUGGUAGCUUUUAUCUUGGAUGUAGUACAUAUAUAUAGAUCGUGUCAUUUUUGUACCAAAUUGUACAAAAAGAAAGAAUUCUUUUUCCCAUCCGUGUCCUUAUCGUAAGAUGUCUAAAUUACUUACCUUCGCACUGCCGCUAUAUAAAGAAAUAAAAAAAGAAAAACAUAAAAUAAUAUUUGUAAUAUCUAACGUGAUAAUUUUGUCAAAACCCGACGCAUAAACUGAUAACUAUGAAAUAUGUAAAUUGCUGACUUUUUACAUAUACUGUUGAUACGAAAACGGGAUUUUUUCUAAACGAAGCAAUUUUAUUACACUACUUGUUAAGAAUACCCAAAUCUAAGGUGCGCGUGAAAAUAGCGGAGGAUCGAAAAUCUCCGUGCAAAAUGCCAUUGCAGAAGAGGAAAUUUUAAGCAGCGGGAGAAAUGUAUAUAUACAUACAUACAUGCAUAUAUAUAUAUAUAUAUAUAUAUAUAUAUAUAUAUAUAUAUUCCACACAGUAGAAAUGUUCCGAAUAUAUCAUAGAGAUAUCCUACAGAUAUUGAGAUAUUUUCAUAAUAUCCUUGAUGCAUUCAGGACAUUUCUGCAAUGUGGGAUAUGUACAACGCGCGCAAAAAGAUUCCGAAACAUUCGUUUUAUAUUUCACAGCAUACUGCACAAAAGAUCAAGAAAAAAAGACAGAAUGUGAUUUCGUUGUCGCAAAUCAAUGAAGGGAAGCGGACGUAUAAGGUUAUCAAUGUCUGGACAUGUAUCUAAUCCUGAACAUUCUUAUUGUUUUAAUCUUUAAGUACAAAUAUUUAAACUUCCAACGGAAAAAAAAAUAUAUAUAUACUGAAUAUAUAUACACAAUACACGUACAUAUAUACAUACAACACACAUAUAUACAUAUAUUUAUGUAUCCUAUAUUAAAAGUUAAAAUAUUUGUAAUCCACAGAAUCAAAACAAUAGAAAUAUACAAGAUUAGAUACGUAUCCGACAAUUGAUACUUUUAUCCAAAAUAGAAAAAUUUAGAUUUUUCGUUUCACACAGGAUAUAUCUGCAGUUGCAAUAUGAUCCCCUACAUCCGUAGUAAUUCGCGCGAGUAUUUGCGACAGAUGUAGGUUGUCAAUUGUCGAAGGCCUAUUCUAAGAAAGUGUCCUAGACAAUAUAUUCAUACUUAACGAUGUUAAAUGGAAGAGUAUUAUGUAAUAUCGGCUUUUUAUAGAUGUGCCAUUAGUAUUGUAUACACCGCGAAAUUAUUGUCCCACGCAUACGCAAUUUCCACUUUGCAGACAUUGACAGAGUAACGAUUUACAAUAUGGAUACUAAAAUAAUCGAUUACAUUUUUAUACAUUGUCAUUGUGUGUGUGUGUAUCAUCGGUACUUGUGCUAUACAUUUAUCGUUUCGAUGGCGUGUAUUUAAACAGUGAGGACGUAUAGAGAAAACAAGAAAGAUAUCACUGAUUGGCUGGCAAACAGUUCUCAUUUGCUACGGCGGGAUUUCAGAAACUUUAGGACCAAUAUUGUUAAUCUCGUGCUAUGUACAGUGUUGUUUAGACUAAUGUAAGGCAUUAUUUUCUAGCUCAAAUUUUCACGUAUCCGAUCAUUAAUUUAGUCGACAUAUUAUUAAUGUUCAUUAUCGUCACAUUAUACAUGACGAGAGAGGGACGGACACGCCCCGCUUCACUCAUGUAAAGUUUGUACUUUCAUAUAGAUAGACUUCUAAAAUAAUAGAUAUAACAAUUUACCGAUUAUUCAGUGUUUGGCGUUAGGGAUCAAGGCAAGUAGCGUUUACAUUUCAUGGAGAACUAAAAGAAUUACAGCAAGAGGUAGAAGAAGUUAUUAAUAAACGAUGUAAAAAGAAAUUAUCGUACUACGCGAUAAUAUACCGCAUAUAAUAUA